UGGUAGCCGCCAGCUCACGGCUCGCCGGUGGCGGCGGGAGCGGAGGGCCCGGCCCGCCCCGCCAUGUCGCUGAGCCCCAAGCACACGACGCCCUUCUCCGUCACCGACAUCCUCAGCCCCAUGGAGGAGAGCUACAAGAAGUUCGGCGGCAUGGACGGGGCGGCCGGGCUGGGGCCCUACCGGCAGCCCGCGGUGCCCGGCGCCGCCGCCGCCGUCCCGCAGCACGUCGUGGCGGGCCCCACCGGGGCGGCCGCCUACCACAUGCCGCACGGCGUCUCCCAGUUCCCGCACGGCGCCGUCGGGGGGUACUGCGGCGGCGGACUGGGCAACGUGGGCGAGCUGCCCGCCUACCCCGACGGCAUGAGGAGCGGCGCGGCGGCGGGCGGCGGCUGGUACGGGGCCGGCGGAGACCCCCGCUACCCCGGCAUCUCCAGGUUCGUGGGCCCGGCGGCGGGGAUGAACGUGGCCGGGAUGGGCGGCCUGAGCGGCCUCGGCGAGGGAGCCAAGGGCAUCGUGCCGCUGCACGCGGCCCCGCGGAGGAAGAGGAGAGUGCUCUUCUCGCAGGCGCAGGUCUACGAGCUGGAGCGGCGCUUCAAGCAGCAGAAGUACCUGUCGGCGCCAGAGCGGGAGCACCUGGCCAGCCUCAUCCACCUCACGCCCACCCAGGUGAAGAUCUGGUUCCAGAACCACCGCUACAAGAUGAAGCGGCAGGCCAAGGACAAGGCGGCCGCCCAGCAGCUGCACCCCGACGGCUCCGGCGGCCUCUGCCAGCAGCCCUCGCCCCGCCGCGUGGCCGUGCCCGUGCUGGUGAAGGACGGCAAGCCCUGCCCGCCGCCGGGCAGCGGCACCCCGGCCCCCGGGCAGCCCGCGGCCCCCAGCGGCCCCGGGGGCUCGCUGCCCGCCGCCCACCCGCACCCCGGCUCGCUGGGGCAGGCGGCGGACCUGGAGGAGCUGGCGCCCAGCCCGCCGCCGCUGCACGGCCAGGUGCCCGCCCUGGCCCCCAUGGACUCGGCCGGCGUCGAUUACAACGGCGGCAUGGUCAGCCCCAACCUGCUCUACGGCAGGACGUGGUAAUCCGACGGGGCGGGCGGCGCGGGGGGUGCGCUCCCGGCCCGGCCCGGCCCCGCCGUCC